AUGACUCGACCCAGCCAUGUCCGUCCCCGUGCUGCCAGGACGGUGAGCACCAGCGCCGUGGCGAGCGCCGAUCGCCCUACCGCCCCCAAGCUUCAAAGUCAUGGCCGCGUGUUCAACUUCUCCGCUGGCCCUGCCUGCCUACCAGCCGCCGUGCUGGAGCAGGCCCAGGCCGAUCUCCUCAACUGGCAGGGCAGCGGGAUGAGCGUGAUGGAGAUGAGCCAUCGCGGCAAGGAGUUCAUCGCCAUCACCGACAAGGCGGAGGCCGACCUGCGCAGCCUGCUCUCCAUCCCGGACAACUACAAGGUCCUGUUCUUGCAGGGCGGGGCCUCCACCCAGUUCGCCGCCAUCCCCCUGAACCUGGCGGAGGAGGGCGACAAGGCGGACUACGUGGUCACGGGGGCCUGGUCCAAGAAGGCCAUCGGCGAGGGCAAACGCUUCCUGCUGGCCAACGCCGCGGCCACGGGCGACAACAAGAGCAUUCCCGACCCCUCCACCUGGAACCUGACCGAGGGCGCCAAGUACGUGCACUACUGCGCCAACGAGACCAUCGGCGGCGUGGAGUUCAAGGCUCCCCCCAGCGUGGGCGACGCCCCCCUGGUCGUCGACAUGAGCAGCAACUUUUGCGCCCGCCCCGUGGAUGUGUCCAAGUACGGUGUCAUCUACGCCGGCGCCCAGAAAAACAUCGGCCCCGCGGGCGUCACCAUCGUCAUCGUACGCGAGGACCUGCUGGGCCGGGCCCGCGCCUCCACCCCCGCCAUGCUGGACUGGUCCGUGGCGGCCAAGGACGGCAGCAUGUACAACACGCCGCCCUGCUGGUCCAUCUACAUGUGCGGCCUGGUGUUCGCGCACGUCCUUGCCAACGGCGGCCUGGAGGCGGUUGAGGCCAACAACGAGAAGAAGGCUAAGCUGGUUUACGACGCCGUCGAGGCCAGCAACGGCUUCUACGCCAGCCCAGUGGCACGCGAGGCGCGCUCGCUGACCAACGUGCCCUUCACCAUCCCCUCCAGCCCCGACCUGGAGAAGGCCUUCAUCGCCGAGGCGGCCCAGGCGGGCAUGGUGCAGCUCAAGGGGCACCGCUCCGUGGGCGGCAUGCGCGCCUCCAUCUACAACUUCAUGCCCCUGGAGGGUGUGCAGACCCUCGCCGACUUCAUGCGGGAGUUUGCCGCGAGACACGCCUGA